GUUUCAUUGAAUAAGCGUCUUCAGUAUUCAAUUUUCCAACAUGCUUGCAAAUUCUGAUAAUCUAACUUGUUGCCCUCGUCUAAUUGAUUACUUGGUGUUUGUAGGUCAAAAAGGACAUUCUCCGUCGGAUGAUGUUCACAACCAAACACCAAGGAUUCUGAAAUGUUAUCCGCAGACAAAACAUACAGACUUUGUUUUGCCUAAUGAUGUUGUAUACUUCUGCCAGCCUGAGGGAUGUUUGUCAUCAAAUUUGAGUGCAACGAACUUGGGAACUACAACGUUUGUGUUUACUUUGACGGAUAAAGAUUCACAGAAAACUCGCUUCGGAAUAUGCCUGAACUUCUUCAGGCCUUGCUAUAUGUAUUCAAAUGAAGAUGUCAACAGCAAUUGGAAUUCAAAUUCAACCAUUUUUAAUGCAUCUGAAGAUUACUUUCGAAUGAAUAGUAAUAAACAGUCAAUCUUAACAUCUUUAUGUUUAAUCAGCCAUCAUCCAUUCUUUUCUAAAUUUCGUCAAUGUUUACAUUCUCUCAAAGGAAUUAUUGAUAGAUGUGAUGAAUGCUUUCAAAACUCAUAUUCUAUCAAAAA